AAAUCUAUAGGCAGAAGCUUCAACAGUAUGUUACUGGUGGAGAGCUGAGCGAUGACAAUGUUGCUGCUUUGUUAAGGUUAAGAGUCAUGCUCUGCAUUCCUCAGCAAACUAUUGAAGCAGCUCAUGCAGAAAUCUGUGGAAGCAUAUUUGAAAAGGUUGUCAGAGAAGCAAUUUCUUCUGGAGUUGAUGGUUAUGAUGCUGAAACUCGCAAAUCAGUAAGAAAGGCUGCUCAUGGUCUUCGGUUAUCCAGAGAGACUGCCAUGUCUAUUGCUAGCAAGGCUGCCCGUAGGGUUUUCACAAACUAUAUCAGACGAGCAAGGGCGGCAGAGAACCGCACCGAGUCAGCAAAGGAGCUCAAGAAAAUGAUUGCUUUCAACACGUUAGUUGUGACUGAAAUGGUGGCUGACAUUAAGGGAGAAUCUUCUGACAAGGAACCUGAAGAGCCUGUUCAAGUGAAAGCAGAAGAUGGCGAAGAUGAGGAAUGGGGAUCCCUUGAAUCGCUCAAAAAGACAAGACCUGACAAAGAACUCUCCGAGAAGAUGGGAAAGCCUGGCCAGACUGAGAUAACUCUCAAAGAUGACCUUCCCGACAGAGACAGGAUCGAUCUCUACAAAACGUACCUGCUCUACUGUGUAACGGGAGAGGUCACAAGAAUCCCGUUUGGCGCUCAGAUCACAACAAAGAGAGACGACUCAGAGUACUUACUUCUCAAUCAGCUCGGUGGGAUUCUCGGAUUGACUUCGAAAGAAAUAGUCAACAUUCACGUAGGUUUAGCCGAGCAGGCUUUCAGGCAACAAGCUGAAGUGAUUUUAGCUGAUGGGCAACUGACAAAAGCUAGAGUAGAGCAGUUAGACGAGCUGCAGAAACAAGUUGGGUUACCUCAGCCACAAGCUGAGAAGGUUAUAAAGAACAUAACGACCACAAAAAUGGCGAACGCCAUAGAAACUGCUGUUAACCAAGGAAGACUGAACAUAAAGCAAAUACGUGAGCUCAAGGAAGCAAACGUCAGCCUAGACAGCAUGAUCGCUGUGAGUCUGAGAGAGAAGCUAUUCAAGAAGACGGUGAAUGAUAUAUUCUCAUCAGGAACAGGCGAGUUCGAUGAAACGGAAGUCUACGAGACCAUCCCAUCUGAUCUCAGUAUCGAUGCUGAAAAGGCGAAAAGCGUUGUCCAUGAUCUUGCUAGGAGUAGACUGUCAAACUCCCUGAUCCAAUCCGUAGCAUUACUCAGGCAAAGAAACCGUAAAGGAGUGGUCUCGUCGUUGAAUGAUUUACUCGCAUGCGACAAAGCUGUACCGGCUGAGCCACUGUCAUGGGAAGUCUCAGAGGAACUGUCUGAUCUGUAUGACAUUUAUUCAAAGAGUGAUCCCAAACCUGCGCCUGAAAAAGUGUCGAGGCUACAAUAUCUACUGGGGAUAGAUGAUUCAACUGCAACUGCCCUCCGUGAGAUGGAAGAUGGGGUGUUCUCUUCAGCUGCAGAAGAGGGCAACUUUGUCUUCUAAAUCUUUUGAUGAAUAUGUCUUUAGCUUUUGAAAACGAUUUGAUUGAGAGAUGAAAAAUGAUUUUUGAAUUCUUAAGUUUUUGCAAAGCCUGUGAAAAAUGUUGUAUCACAACAAAACAUGAUCUGAUUGGCAAAAUUUGAAAAAAAAGAAAUUGCAAACAAAAAUGUUUAACGAUGUGAAA